UAACAAAGCACGCGCUCCCACCAGAGCGCUGACGCCGCCGCAGUGGAUGCUGGGAUAGCAGGCGGUGGAGGUCAGAGGAACUCCAAAAUGUCGGCCGCUGGUGUCUCGUCCUUGAGCCGCUGUGUUGUUCUCACGUCCCGCUCCUCCGCAGGACUCGUGGCGGUGCGGUAUGCCCAAACGGCAGCGGCUCCAGCAGCACAGCCCAGAAUAAAGAAGUUCCAGGUGUACAGAUGGGACCCAGACACUCCCGGGGACAAACCCCGCAUGCAGACCUACGACAUCGACCUUAAUACCUGUGGCCCGAUGGUUCUUGAUGCCCUGAUCAAGAUCAAAAAUGAGAUGGACCCCACUCUGACCUUCCGCCGCUCCUGCAGAGAAGGUAUUUGUGGAUCCUGUGCAAUGAACAUUAAUGGAGGAAACACUCUUGCCUGUCUCAACAAGAUUGACACCAACAUCAGCAAGCCAUCCAAGAUUUACCCCCUGCCACAUAUGUAUGUGGUGAAGGACUUGGUACCUGACAUGAGUAACUUCUACGCCCAGUACAAGUCUAUCGAACCCUACCUGAAGAAGAAGGAUGAGUCAAAGGAGGGGAAGGAGCAGUACCUGCAGUCUGUGCAGGACCGACAGAAACUGGACGGGCUGUAUGAAUGUAUCCUGUGCGCCUGCUGCAGUACGAGCUGCCCCAGCUACUGGUGGAACGGAGACAAGUACCUGGGCCCUGCGGUGCUGAUGCAGGCGUAUCGAUGGAUGAUUGACUCACGAGACGAGUUCACAGAGGAGCGUCUGGCCAAGCUACAGGAUCCGUUCUCCCUCUACCGCUGCCACACGAUCAUGAACUGCACCAAGUCCUGCCCAAAGGGUCUGAACCCGGGAAAAGCGAUAGCUGAGAUCAAGAAGAUGAUGGCUACGUACAAGGAGAAGAAGGCCGCUGCAGUCUGACACCUUAGUUUUCCUCUUGUACAACUUUUCCCUCCAUGAUUAAAUGAUAUAUUGAUUCAAAAAAUGCUUAUUGAGGUCUGAAGGGCCAGUACACCUGUCAGCUCCACCACCACACUCUGCAGACUGCGAAGUCAACUGUAAUAGAAAUGUGUGUGUGUGUGUGUGUGUGGUUGGAGGACUUGGUGUUACACAAAACGCACAUGUACAGUAUGAAUGCGGGAGAGAGUGUGUGUCUGAGUCUUACAUGUAUCAUAACAGAGGUAUUUAUCUCCAACUCUAAGUGUGUAUGUUUGUGCAUGUAGGAGACUUGAUGCUGCAUAUUGAAGUUAAAAAAAUUAGGCGUUAUAUUUUGUGUAAACAUUUUUAUAGCUUGUUGCUUAUCAAGUUAGCAGCUGCUUUACAGACAUACAGUGUAUAUGUUCCCUCAGAUCUUCCAACAUACCAACCACAGUCUUUGUUUUGAUGGACAAUAAAUAGUUGAAAUGCC